GGGGCUGUCUCUUACCGCAGGUGUCUGGCCGAGGAGGAGGGAGCCGCUGUGUUUUGUGCCGCCGGAAAGAUAGCUAAAUCCUUUGCAACAGGGUCUGGAAGAUACUCUAAAGGAUAAUGGAAGAUAAAAGGCAAAGAGCCAGAGUGCAGGGGGGCUGGGCUGGACCAGUUAAUAACAGAGCAGCUUCUCGUGCAGCUUCUGGAACUUCCAGUCGCAGGAACCAAGCCUUUGCAAGCACAACACAGUCCCGGGUGAGAAGAGAGGAGCAGCUUCCAUCUGAAAGGCAGUUUGUUUUUAAAGCCCCAGAAGAGGUCGUGCGUAGACCCCCAGAGCCCAAAAGAAUAGAGAAUCAGGGUGUGUAUGAGAUCAGCACAUCUCCAUCAGGAAUAUCUCGGAUUCAUUUGAUUCCUGGCUUCAUUGACUUAAACGAAGCAGACUGGAUGUUUGAACAACUCCUCCAAGAGAUCCCCUGGAGGCAGAGAACACACAUCAGGCAGGAUCUGUCUUAUGAUGAACCCAGACUCACAGCUUGGUAUGGUGAACUUCCAUAUACUUACUCCAGGCUAACAAUGAAGGCAAAUGCUGAUUGGCACCCACUAUUGUCCAUGCUGAAAGAUCGCAUUGAAGAUUUCACGAAGCACUCCUUCAACUCUCUGCUGUGCAACCUGUAUCGAAAUGAGAAGGACAGUGUUGACUGGCACAGUGACGACGAGCCUGAGCUGGGAAGAAACCCUGUCAUUGCCUCCCUCAGCCUUGGUGCCACCCGGGUCUUUGAGAUGAGGAAAAAACCUUUGCCUGAAGAAAACAAUGACUAUACUUAUGUGCAGAGGGUGCAUAUACCAUUGGAUCAUGGGACGCUGCUUAUGAUGGAAGGAGCAGCUCAAGAAGACUGGCAGCAUCGCGUACCCAAGGAAUAUCACUCCAGGGAAGCCCGUGUAAAUCUGACAUUUAGGACAAUGUAUUCAGACUCUGAGGCAAUGCGCACAUGAAUGAAAUGUUCUGUGGUACUGUGCUCUUGCUAUGAGGCCAGAGAUUAAUGCUGGUUUGGGUGAGACAAGCCUGAUUUCAGUUCAGUAUUAUGAUGCCAGCAUUUGAAGGGAGAGAAGAAAGAGGCUGCUAUAAUGAGAGCCUGUAACAGUUGCAAGUUCCCAGUGAUGAGUGAUGCCUUUUUCUAGUACUGUACUGUUUGCUAAUGUGUAUGCUUGGUGGUAAACAAUUUUUGUUUUAUUGAAAAACAAAUUUCCCUGUAGAGCAUUAAUUUUAGUAUGACUGGUUUGAAUCAAAUAUCUUGAGUUCUUGCUAAUCUGCAAGCACCACUUCUAAAAAGUUUUCCCUCAGGCAAGCUGAGAGGAUUUUCCUGACAGAGGAGAAUGACUACAUUUGGGCUUUUUGUUUGUACUGUGCUACAUAAAAAUUGGUUAUAUGAAUAAGAAUCUUCUCAGUUAACCCCAGAGGGAAUAAUCAAAGCACAACUUGAGGUACUGCAGUAGCACACCUAAGGCCUGUCUCCCAAAAACCUGAAGUGUAUGGGAGCACAGUACAGUGGUGCCUCGCAAGACGAAUUUAAUUCAUUCCGUGAGUCAAUUCGUUUUGCGAAAAAUUCGUCUUGCGAAUCGCAGUUUCCCAUAGGAAUGCAUUGAAAUUUCUUUUUUCCCCCAUAGGAACGCAUUAAUUAAAUUUCAAUGCAUUCCUAUGGGAAACCGUGAUUCGCAAGAUGAAUUUUUUGCAAACCAAUUCGUCUUGCGAGUCACCAUCAGAUCGCAAGACGCAUUCGUCUUGCGAAAAAUUCGUCUUGCAGGGCAUUCGUCUUGCGAGGUACCAUUGUAUGAAGAACUGACUCCUGAAACCAUUAAAUGCCCCAGUAAUAGAAUUUGGAAACUGUAUCCCUGUCUUCAGAGCCCUGUGCUAUGUACUGUAUACUGGUUCUCUCCAUAUUGUUAAUUGAUACAUUGUUGAAAAAUUCCUACUAUCCCAACUUUAUUCUCAAAUGUAUUCUAAUGCAUUUGGAGAGUGUCCUGGCCUCUACUAGGAGCAUCCUGCAGCACAUUCUUCAAAAAACCUCUGUACAGUAUGUCUACUCGGAGUACCCUGGCAUUGAAGAUGCUGCUAAGUGGCAAGAAUUGCCUAAUUGCACUGAAAUGCAUCUCACACAGCAGUGGAAUGAAUACACAGCUCCAUAGUGGUUUGGGGGAAGCAAGGGUUUAUGCUGCUUAUCUUUAAAGCAUUGCUUCCCACCCUGUUCUCGGGGUCCAUUCAGUAUACUUUUCAAAGGCAACACAUAAUUGGCAGGUUGUAAGAUUUGGGAAUGAUCCACCAAGACCAGUCAGGGCAGGUAGCUUUUAUUCUUGCAGAAUCUUGCUUUGCUUGCCAAUAGAACCCUGAGUGCCACCAAUGAGAACCAGUUGCAAAAUGGUGCCAGACAUAGAAUUGCAGAACAAAGUGAUCUGAGUACAUACUCAGUCUAGGAAUUGGUUUUCAGUGCCUGCGCUUACAUACAUACCCUUUCACAGGUAAAUUGUCUCCUGUUUCCCAAAGCUUUCUUGAUUUCAGUAACUUCACUUAGGGUGAAAAUAAGGCUUUUUACCAUGACGAGUCAGAAACCCUUCCUGAUCUUUGGAUUACCUGGAAAUCUGCCUGCAGAUUCCAACCUACUUUAUGCUUGCCUUGAUCUAUUCCUGCUGCUUAGGGGUAUGUUUCACUACCAAUUCAAUGGUAGCAAUGAAGUUAUCCAGGUUUUUUCCCUUACUGCCUUGUGGUUAUAGGUGUUAGUUGUUCAUCGGCUGUGCAUUACCCCUGCCUAAAUACUGUCCACAGUAAUUAUUGAAUCAGCAGUACUUGUAGGCUAGAUCUAUGACUAUUAUUAGUUUACCUUAAGGAAGAUUCUAUGGAAGGAAAUCCUGAAAAGGAGGUUCAAGGGCCCACCUGAACAGUGAAUGGGAUUCUGGGGAUGUUUGGGACAGGAAACAUUCCUUCUAUGAACUCUUAGCUUUAGGAUCCAAGGCUCGUUUGUGUCAGUUCUUUCCCCUAAUGGUCCCUAUGCCUCACCCCACAUUCUUAUGGGGCUGGGUUCACCCAUCUGAAGCCCUUCAGAGGUUGUUUUGACUACAAUGCCCAUGAGCUGCUGCGAGCAUGGCCAAGGGUCAGAGAUAAUGGGAGUUUCAGUCCAACAACAUUUGGAGAGCACCUUGCUCACUACCCUGGUGUAAGGAUUGCUUUAGUGUCCAUACUAGGGGCUAAAUUAGAUAGUAUGUAUGUUACAUAGUUUGGCCUGGCUAAUUUAAAAUAAGCAAUGCAGCCUGGGGAGGGGAUAAAAAACAUGACAGGAGGAGAUGCUUUAUCAAAAUCAGCCUCGUCCUCUGCCCCCUGAGCCUACCCUUUGCAAUAGGGGGAAAACUCUUGAAUAUGUCUAAGUCCCAACUCUUCCAUACUUAUAGCAUGGAUUGAGAACCUAUAACCCUCCAAAUGUUAUUAGACUACACUGAGAGCCAGUGUGGUGUAGUGGUUAAGAGCGGUAGACUCGUAAUCUGGGGAACCGGGUUCGCAUCUCCGCUCCUCCACAUGCAGCUGCUGGGUGACCUUGGGCUAGUCACACUUCUCUGAAGUCUCUCAGCCUCACUCACCUCACAGAGUGUCUGUUGUGGGAGAGGAGGGGAAAGGAGAUUGUUAGCCGCUUUGAGACUCCUUCAGGUAGUGAUAAAGCGGAAUAUCAAAUCCAAACUCUUCUACUAUUGGCCAUGCUGGCUUUGGCUGAUAGGAGUUUUAGUCUCAACAGCAUCUAAGUGGUCAUAGGUUACCCAUUAGAGUGAGCAUCCCCUGAGCACUGUAAACUGAGCUGCCACCAAGAAGCAUAGCCCACAUCAUUGCUUUCUAUAUUGGUACCACACAUUGGGUUUUAAAAGUCUUCCUUCAAAUGCUGCCUUUGGGACUGAGGCACUGUGCAUGAAGAUAUGCAAUCAACAUAGGCUUUAUUAUUUUAAUGAGAACUGUAACCUAUAUAUGAAAUGGGAAAAGUUCCAGUUGUUUAUUUCAAAUAUAGUUUGCAGCUGUUUCUAUGGCAAUUUGCUUAAACAAGAAUUUAUUGGAAUUGGAGGUAUACAAAAUCCUUCCAUUAAUUAAAGAUUAAACUGAUGGAUGAGUUGUGUAUGCUGUUCAUAUUGUGCAAGAUAAAAAUGUCAUACUUGCAAGAAACACUCCACUGAAGAUGUGUUCCUAGAAGGAACUUUGUAAGAAGUUGCCAUCUGUCAAGGGCUCUUGACUGUUUCAGCUUUAGAAUAAGAAUUAAGUUGUACACAAUGAUGUUUUUUUUAGUUCUUUUAAAUUCUAAAGCCCAUCUGUCUCUGAAUGCUAUCAUGAUUCUUCAUUGCCCCAAAUUGAAACAUGACAUUUUGAUACAAGAUGUAUCUAUUCAGAGUUUAUAGCUUCAAACUGUAGAAUUGAAUGUGUUUGUGUGGCCCACUUAGCAGAACAGUCCCACAGUUCUCCUUGUGUGGUUGAUCAGUUUUCAGGGAUUGUUCUUGUUGAAGCCGUGUUGUAAGGCCAACAAGACGACACACAAGGAUAUGUCCCGCUGGUCAGGAAUUGGAAAACGGCAUUGUAAGCACAGAAGAAGCAAUGGCUCUUUGCUAAGGCUUCAUACUAAGGCAUGGAUUCUGUAGCAAAGGAAGCCACUUUGAGGUGCUUCAUGGUAUUUUUUUGUUCUAAGUAGUAAAUCCAGACUUUCUAGUUCUCCAGCUUCUCUACCACUACCACUGCUCCUCUUGCUUUUCAAGCAUUUGUGUUAUCAGAUUAAUUCCUUUGAAAUCACUCAUGUGUUUUUAUCAAACUGCCAGGCUGGCACCAUUCCAUCCAUUCCUGUUAACCUUGUUCAGAGUACAGCCUGAGUGAUCAAUUUGGCCAAGUCACCUGAUGUGCUACUGCAAGUACCAUGGCAGAAAAGAGGCUAAGGAGCGCUAGAACUAACUAAAACACAGCACUGCCUAGCCCAAGGCAGCAUAUUUCAUCCCCUAUGAAUGGUAGAAUGACAGAUGAUGAUGAUGAGUGCCCGUGCAGCCGAAAAUAAUCAAGUACUAUCAGCAUUUGCUUAACUAAACACAUUGAUCACUCACUUUGCCUUUUCUGGUCAUAAACAUUUUCAGCUUGGAAAUAGAAGCUCUUUUACUGGUGUGAUUUUGUGUGUGUGUGUGUGUGCUACUUUUAAACGCCCUGUUUCUAUAGCAACACAUUUUGUUUGCUUCAAUUGUGGACCACUGCCACACCCGUUCAAGCCGAAACCACUUCUGUGAAUUUCUGUGUCCCAAGAUUUUUCAUAUGAGCUGGGGCUGAUUUUUGCUGCAUUUGUUUGUUGCUAAAUAAACACUUCGUUACUCAGGCUUGACCUUUCCACUGAGAAAAAAGGGGGCAAGCAGAGAUCUAACGGUAUUGCUUCAGAAGUGACACCAAAUAUAACCCAUUAUUUUUCUCCCAUAAAACUGAAUGGUUACUCCCAUAUGGAGAAGUGCCCCCCAUGUGCUGUUUGGGGUUUUUUUUGAGACGCUGUGUGAGUAAAACCUAUUUUCUGUUCUUGGUGCUAGAUGGCCAGGCUUACACUGGCAGAGAUUGUGUAAGAGUGCAAUAUCUCUCUGCAGAGGAUUCCCAGCCCUCUCCACUCUGCAGGUCUUGACAGUAUAUAAACCUUCCCUUCAUCCUCUGCUCAUCAUAACAAUGGGCACUUUGCUAGUUGUUAAUAGUGUAGCAAACCACUGUAUUGCCUAGCCACGAAAUGCACAGCAGAGAUAAACCAGUGGUUAAAGCAUAUGCUGAAGGCUCCCUAAAUAUAAAAGAGACAACCCUAUAGCCUGUGAUCGACAUCAGAGAACUGGCUCUAUGUGUCUUGAGCUUGUGGAGGAUGGUCAAUGUCAUGUUCAGAACUGGAAGCCUAUAGGUAGAGCUGGUCCUGGGAGACCCAGGUUGGGUAGCUUUUUCAAGUCAAACUCCACUUCAGUUUAAUGUUCUGCUGUGAGAGCUGCCUGUUCUGGAGCUAGUUGCUUUUCUCAAGCAGGCUGACAAGGCAACGGGAAGAAAAUGGUCCCACACAACAUGGAGCGAGGGAAAUAUUUUGUCCAUUGCAUUCAGCGAUAGCUGUUUCCUCCCGUCAGGAUAGUUCAUGUUGUGCAGGCUCCAGCAAGAAGGGCUGAGGGUUGAUUCUAUCUUGAUCAAUGUGCCAUUUGCUCUGGUUCACCUGAACACACGUUGCUCUUCCCCUACUGUCACAUCUCCAGCCAGCUCCUGGCUCUCUGCUAGCACAGAGAUAAGAGUGUUUGUUUGAUCGGAGUAAGAAUCUCUUGCUCUUGUUAAAAGGAUUACAUUGAAGCUGAGCUUGGCAUUUGUGUUUGUCUCUUCUUUCCUGCUGGCCAGCAUUAGCUUUGCAAUAAAGCUUUCUUUGAGGAAGUACUUGACUGGGCUGAGCUAUUUUCCCCUUUUAAAGGGACUAUUUCAAAGGAUGUAGUUCAACUUUUGCAAGAAGAUCAAACCUAUCCAUUCUUCAGGAAAUCAACCCUGAGUGCUCACUGGAAGGACAGAUCGUGAAGCUGAGACUCCAAUACUUUGGCCACCUCAUGAGAAGAGAAGACUCCCUGGAAAAGACCCUGAUGCUGGGAAAGAUGGAGGGCACUAGGAGAAGGGGACGACAGAGGACGAGAUGGUUGGACAGUGUUCCCGAAGCUACGAACAUGAGUUUGACCAAACUGCGGGAGGCAGUGCAAGACAGGAGUGCCUGGCGUGCUAUGGUCCAUGGGGUCACGAAGAGUCAGACACGACUAAAUGACUAAACAACAACAGUUCAACUUUAGUCCUUGAAAGAUGUUGCCCUAAACUACCAGACAGUGUAAGGCUCAUCUUUACUCUGUCCUGCCUGAAGAACAACACUAAGAAAGAGCAGGCAUAUAGCUCCAGUCAUGGGGCAGUAUCGUUGCCUGGAAAGUUACUGAAAUCCAGUAUCAGAAUGACUGCUACUGCUAAUACCAUCAAAGAGAGAGAGAGAGAGAGAGAGAGGGAAAUGCUGUGCAGAAGGUUAGGUGCACAGCACAGUCCUAUGCAAAAGUUAUUUUUUGACUAAUUCUAAAAUUGGCAUACUGUAAAGUUAAACUUGGAUUCUAACUUCAGUUAUGAACAAGGAUGAAACAUUUCCCUAUAACUCUAAUGGGCUUACAUGUCAGUUUCUGCCUAUUUCAUACUGUUGACUAGGGGCUUCUGCAACAGUCAAGACCAGAAUUUUGAGGAAGAAGACAUCCUUGGUCGCUUUCUGGAGUUCAUUUUCACCAUUUUCCUCCUCCAUGCAAUUCAGUGGGGUAAAAUAAAUGUCUUGCCAUGCUUGACUGUUACAGAACAGUCUUGAAGCUAGUUGCAAAGUAUGAAACUAUGGACCAAGUGGAGGAUGAUUUGAUGACAACUGAUGCAGUUCUGCUGGAAUUAAGCGUGUUUGGUUCUGGGAGUUUCCUAGUUGAGAGCUUACUUGAAAACUAUAUGUUAAGCUCUUUCAAGCCUUUGGAAGUGGGUGGAGAUGGUAAGUGUUGUAAAUGAAUGAGUAGUGCUGAUCAGAAUGAAAAUGACUGCUUUGGUCCAUGGCUGCAAGGGAAUCCAGAUUCAGAAGGCGCUAUUUCAUGUAGCUGUUACCUUUUAAUUUUUAUUUUAAAAUCAUGUUCAAAUACAACGUGAUUUUAAAAAACCCGUUCCAAUUGCUUCUGUUUGCUGGAGGUAGACUUGUACCAUGUGCCCUGAAUUAUUGAGAAUGCAGCAUGCCAUUGAUGGUUUAGCAGAAGAGCUGCUAUUCACUCUGACAUCUGUCAGCAAAAUGAACUGAAAUAUAUCAGUAAUUUGCUGUGGCAGGGUCUGUACUGAAACAUUUCAUUUUCAUUGUUCAGAAACAAACGUCUCAGCUUUGUCUCUGCACAGGAAACACUCAUCCUAUGAUACUGCCACUUGCAUAAUCAUGUACUGCUUUUACUGGUUUUAAUUGAUGUUUUAAAAAAAGAAUAGAGACUUCACUGCCAUAUAUAUUCAGCACACAAAUGCCAUUUAGUGCCCAUCUUCUGCCUCCCCCCCCCUUUUCAGUGGAAGGGGUUUAAUAUAGAUUAGAAUCAUAGUUGGAAGGAAACUAAAGCCCUCUUUAUCGUACCACACCUCACAACUGCCCCUCAUGCUGAUUUCUGUACAGAUUAUUCCAAUUUUGAAAUUCAUCCAAAAUAUAAAUGGUGCUAGAAGCGGCGGGCUACCAUGAGCAAGGGUCAGCAUUCCAGAAGUGUCCACAAGGAAGACAUAGAUCAUGGGUAGGCAAACUAAGGCCCGGGGGCCAGAUCCGGCCCAAUCCCCUUCUGAAUCCGGCGGACGGUCAGGGAAUCAGCGUGUUUUUACAUGAGUAGAAUGUGUGCUUUUAUUUAAAAUGCAUCUUUGGGUUAUUUGUGGGGCCUGUCUGGCAUUUUUACAUGAGUAGAAGGUAUGCUUUUAUUUAAAUGCAUCUCUGGGUUAUUUGUGGGGCAUAGGAAUUUGUUCAUUAUUAUUUUUUUCAAAAUAUAGUGCGGCCCCCCACAAGGUGUGAGGGACAGUGGACCGGCCCCCUGCUGAAAAUGUUUGCUGACCCCUGACAUAGAUUAUUAUUUAUAUGGUGCAUUUGUUUCUCACCAAUUUUUCAAAACACUCAAAGGAACAUUUACAAGGAUUUCGUUUUCAUUCUAUAUCAAUUUUUGUGGGGAGAAAUGUAACUCAAAAUGUAACUAUAUAAGUUUACCCUAUAUCCUAAGAUGUUUUCCGAAAGGAGGACUAUGAGUACGUUCCAUCAUAUUGAACUGGGGGGGGGGUGUUAACUUCUCUCUUUGCCACUAGAUUCAAUUAAUUUUCCCUAGAUUAGAUUGGUAAAAUAGAUGCAGUAGACAGUUUGACACAACUAUCUCCCAACUGCCACAAAAUAUUUCUUCCAUAAAAGUGUGCCUGUUUGUUAUUGAAACAUGAUUGAUCUGGAGGUUUGAAGGAGACAACAUUUUCCUAGAGUGAAGUGUUUUAUAGCCUAGAAACACCACAUUAUUUCUGUCUGAUGGAACAUUUUGGAACGGCUUUGCUGCAAUGUUAACAGUAUUGUAUGGAAAGCUUUCUGAACUGAGUGCAUUUUAAUGCCAACCUGUCAGAGUUGGGUUGUUGGUCAAUGAUCAGUUUUUAUGUAAAAAUGAAAGAAGGCUGGAAUAACUAAAAAUGAUGGAAAGGAGAGUGUACAAAAUCCUGUUACCUCUGGGGCAGAUUAACCUUGAAAUUUUUUAUUGCAAGCAGAUAGCAACUGAAGUAAACAGGACACAUUCUCCCCUGAAAUAAAUCCAUUAAUUGGUGCUGAAGUACACAAAAGGAUUGGACUGGCAUGCUGAGAUAUUAAAAUGGAAUCACUGCUAAUUAUGCUCCGUUUCAGAAAAAAAUGAUAUAUUCAGUUAUGAAAAAUAAAAUUAAUUAGAGGAGGCUGUUUGUGCUGCUGGAACCAAAUUGAAAUAGAUCUGUACUACAACUAAUUCACCCAUCGACGGAUUGAGAGAGUACACCUAUCUCUGACUUUUUAUGCUGUGGACCACAGUAUCCUCCUGGAAUCACUCUAUGGGUUGGGGUUACUGUGUCACAGUGGUUAUGCUCCUACCUACUAUGGGCUCAUUUUGCGCCCAUGGCAAUUUCCAAGUUCCAUCUUUGUUCCCAUACUAUUAUACAGUAUAUGAAACAGAUCAUUGGAGUCACAUAGUGAUUUGGAAUACAAUGUUAUCAGCAUGUUCUAGCUCUCCAUUCUUUCUGAAUCAUGAAUCUGGUGUUUGGAGGCAAUGGCAAACUGAAUUAGGGUCAAUAAACUGCAACUGAAUCCAGCUGAAAUUGGAGGUGCUUUGGAUAGGCAGUUCUUAUGAGCAGAAAUCUGGGAGGCUGUUCUGGAUGGGAUAGCAUUCCACCUGAAGGAACUUUCAGGUGUCCUUGAUGGCAAGGCAUGCCUAUUUCCAGCUACAACAGCUAUGGCCAUUUCUGGAAUGGGAUAUCAAACCAUGGUGUAUUGACCUCAUGUUUGGACCACUGAAGUUUGGGCUAUUGAUGUGGAACCAUCCUUGAAAACAGCCUGGAAGUUUCAGCUCGUGCAGAAUGCUGCUGCCCAGUUAUUAACAGGGGCAGUGGGAUGGGAGCAUGUAACACCAAUCCUAAAAGUAGCCAGUAGCUGCAAUGUGCUACUGGCCUGAUCCAAGUUUUUGGUAGUGGCUUAUAAAACCAUAAACAGCUUAGGAUCCAAGUAUCUGCAGUAGUGCCUCCUCCAAUAUCAGCUUACUCAAACCCUAUGAUCAGUGGGAGUGGGGUUUUCCGUAUCUUCCCCACUAGGAUUCAUGGUUUGGGCAUGCAAAGCAGGGUCUUAUCUGUGGUGGCAUCCUGACUAUUUGAUGCCCUUCCACUGAAAUUUGUCCUCCCUGCUGUUUGCAACAUAGAAACAUAGAGUUGGAAGGGACCCCAAGGGUCAUUUAGUCCAACCCCCUGCAAUGCAGGAAUCUCAGCUAAAGCAUCCAUGACACAUAGCCAUCCAACCUCUGUUUAAAAACCUCCAAGGAAGGAGAGUCCACCACCUCUUGUGGGAGUCUGUUCCACUGCUUAACGGCUCUUACUGUCAGAAAGUUUUUUCCGAAUGUUUAGUCUGAAUCUCCUUUCUUGCAUCUUGAAGCCAUUGGUUCAAGUCCUACCCUCCAGAGCAGGAGAAAACAAGCAUUCUCCCUCUUCCAUGUGACAGUCCUUAAGAUAUUUGAAGAUGGCUAUCAUAUCUCCUCUCAGUCUCCUCUUUUCCAGGCUAAACAUACGCAGCUCCUUCAAGCGUUCCUCAUAAGGCUUGGUUUCCAGACCCUGGGUCAUCUUGGUUGCACUCCUCUGCACAUGUUCCAGCUUGUCAGCAUCCUCCUUAAAUUGUGGUGCUCAGAACUGGACACAGUAUUCCAAGUGUGGUCUGACUAAGGCAGAAUAGAGUGGUACUAUUACUUCUCUAGACCUGGACAUUAUGCUUCUGUUGAUGCAGUCUCAUGGUCCACCAAGACCAAGACUAGAUCUUUUUCACAUGUACUGCUAGUAAGCCAGGUGUACCCCAUCCUAUAUCUUUGCAUCUGGUUCUUCCUGCCUAAGUGCAGAACCUUACAUUUUCCCUAUUGAAAUUAAUUUUGUUAGCUUCCACCCAGUUCUCCAACCUGUUAAGGUGAUUUUGAAUUCUGAUUCUGUCUUCUGCGGCAUUAGCUACCCCUCCCAGUUUGGUGUCGUCUGCAAAUUUGAUGAGCAUCCCCUCAAUUCCUUCAUCCAAGUCAUUUAUAAAGACUUUAUUAUUUUAGAGAUACUUUUGGUACUUUGUAUGUGUUUAUCUAUUGAUGUGCAUUGUUUGUGUUAUCUUUUGUUGUACAUCAGCCUAGGCUCCUUUUGGAGGAAGGGUGAUGUAGAAAUACAGCAAAUAAAUACUUUUUUAAAAAAAAUCUGUUGCGCUAAAGCAUUACAGUACGCUCAAACUGACGAACAAAAAGAAUUGAGAACAUUUGACGCAUCCCUAGUUACCUACCAUUAAAAACUGCUUCUCAAUAGCCUCAAAUAAAGUUCUCUGUUUAAAUAAAAUUGCUUUGCAGAUGUGUUCUCUAGAGCCAUUUCAUUAAAAUGUUGACAACUCUUCUGCAUACAAAAUUACGGAGUUUACUGUUAAGAAUCUUAAACAUACAAGGCAACAAGCCUUACAAUUAGAUUGAUAUUAUAGCUCUUCAGCCCAAUAGCACCAUGCCAGACUCUCAGGAUAGUGCAGAAUUCAGAGAUUGUUUGCUGUUUGAACCUGUCUUUCUGUUCUUUUAAAAACUUCUUCAAAAACUGCAUAGGAAAGCUAACAAACUGGACACUUGCAUAGCUCUGAACUGCAAAGCAGCCAGAAGCCCUAACACCAGUUAUCAAUUUUAUUUAACAUGCAGCACUUCAGACAUUACCAGAUAUAGACAAGGGGUGAAUGCUUGUCUCCUCCAAUCCUGGCCAGCCAUGGUCUGUAUGUAUAUGCUAUAUUGAAUUUGUUCUAUGCAAGGAAUAUACUUGCUUUGGAGCAACCACAUGGCAUGAAAUAUCAGUCAUCUAUAUGUCAGGUGUCACAUUUCCAGAUACCAGAAGGGAUCUAGAUUAAAGCAAUGACUUAAGCCACGGGAACAAAUUUAGACACUAGUGCACUUUGCAAGCUCAAGUUGGAAGAUUGCAUCAUUGCAUAUUUUCACUGAAUUGUCUCAUCAAACAUUUAGGCUUCCUUGGGCAAAACCCACUGGCCCCAACUGCUGUGUGCUUCUGUUGCAAAGGGGCUCAGAGGGGAUUUCCACAUGGGCCAAACUGACACAAAUAGAGUCCCAUUGCUUGGUGAAUUGCAUCUCUUUUAUUUUCAUGCAGGUGAUGGUACCCUGACUCAACAGAAAAUUAUCCAGAGUCAUUUAAUAUCACAAUGGUAAGGCUCAACCCAGAUGGAGGAAAAACAGGGGAGGGUAGAAGGGGAAGAAUGAACAUGAUUAGUAUUUAAUUAUGGGUUAGAAAUCAAAUGUGCUUUGUGCAGAGUAUUUAAUUUUUUUCCUGAUAGGUCUGUUGCUAAGACAGGUCAAACAUCUGCUUAUAUAAGAGGAAAAUUGCUCUUGUUGAGCCCUUUCUCUGUAGCAGCUCCAGUCCAACAUGACAGAAAUGCUCAGCGGUGUUAAAUAAUAGGGUUUGCUCUAUGAAAGCAGACAUUGGUAAAUCUGUGCAUUUGCUUAGCAAUGCUUCAUUCUUGUCUUCAAAAGAAAGGACGUAACUUUCAUGAGCUUCAGAAAGCUAGCCUUGAUUUUUAAAACCCCAUAAACUGUUCAAAGAUGCUUUAAACUGCUAAAUGCUGGAAGUAAACAACAGGAAAUGGAUAAUGUUCAUGAGCAUCUUCUGCUGGUGAAUUUGCUUGAGAAACCUGGCUAGUCACCUGACUAGUGCCAUGUGUCCAAAGUGGGUUUUGGCUGUUUAUCUCCUGAACAGCAGUUCCCCUUCUUUGCAUAGCAUUUGUCUUCUGAAACUGAAAGGAAUUUCAAAGUAGUUGUUCCUUCCGAAAGCCUGCAGUUAAAAGGGAAAGGUAAAAAAAAAUCCCAUUGGGCAUUCCUAUAAUAGUUACUUGGAUCA